AUGUCCAUGGCUGUGACUUUCCUGGGCACGGGCUCAGCCUAUCCCUCCCCGAGCAGGGGGGCGUCGGCGUUGGUGCUGCGCCGGGAAGGGGAGUGCUGGCUCUUCGACUGUGGGGAGGGGACACAGACCCAGUUCAUGAAGAGCCACCUCAGAGCAGGCAGAGUGACCAAGAUUUUCAUAACUCAUCUUCACGGGGACCACUUUUUUGGACUCCCUGGCCUGCUGUGCACAAUAAGCCUCCAAAGUAGCCCUGAGCUAAAGAAACCCCUGGUUGAUAUUUAUGGACCAGUAGGACUGCAGAACUUCCUACAGAGGAGUCUGGAGCUCUCCCACUCACAACUCCUCUUCCCCUACGCCGUUCAUGAGCUGGUUCCUACACAAGACCAGUGCCCUGUGGAUGAAUUUAAGGACUUUUCUCACUUGGGUGGGGAGGAGGUGUCUGUCCAGGGGGCACAAGGGAGGAGACUCCACCUGGAGCCAGGAGAAGAGUCCUACUUGCUGCUUGAGGAUGAGCAGUUGGUUGUGAAAGCGUUUCGGCUCUUCCAUCGUGUUCCUUCCUUUGGCUUUGUGGUGGAAGAGAAGCCCCGGGCUGGAAAGCUCAAUGUAGAGAAACUGAAAGACUUUGGAGUUCCACCAGGUCCUUUAUAUGGGAAGCUGAAGAACGGAAGCACAGUUGUUCUAGACAAUGGAGUGACAAUUUCUCCUUCUGAUGUCUUGGAAACCCCUAUUCCUGGGAGAAAAAUCUGCAUUUUGGGGGAUUGCUCGGGGGUGGUGGGAGAGGCGGCGGCCGCGCUCUGCUGGGGAGCAGAUCUGCUGAUCCACGAAGCCACCCUGGAUGACAGCCAAGAGGAGAAGGCCAGAGAGCACGGCCACAGCACUCCCAAAAUGGCAUCAGAGUUUGCAAAAGGCUGUCGAGUCAAGAAACUGGUCUUGACUCACUUCAGCCAGAGGUAUAAACCCGCUGCUCAGAGAGGGGAGGGAGAUGAGGACGUCGCUGAGCUGAAGAGACAGGCAGAGCUGGUGUUAGGGGGCCAAGAAGUGACACUAGCUGAGGAUUUUAUGACCAUAGAAAUCCCCAUGAAGAAGUGA